GGGGAGGUGCGCGCCCGCCCGGUGGAGUUGGCGCGCCCUGGCCCUCCCCGUCCGCUUUUCAGUGUCGGAGAGGCGGCCGCGGACUCCUCAGAAGUUCAGGGCUGGACCCGUCCCCCCGCCCGUCCCCCGCGGAGCCGGGCCCGGAGAGCCUGCGGGGCGCCGGCUGCCGCUCCUCGCGGGACACAAAGGGACACGCACAGUUGAAGUGCGGCAGCUACCUGAGCUCCAGCUGCUCUUCUUCCGCAAGAAGAUCCAUGAGACACUCCUCAGCAUCACCUAAGUGGGUCAGAGCAUCCUGAGCACCGCGUCUUGGUGGAGAUUCAGAAUGAGAAGGCUCGAGAGUCCUGGUCCCCACCAACCAGCCUCCCAAGUGACCAGUGCUGCGCCUGGGACAUGGACCACUGUGUCCCUGGCUGCCUCCUCUCCUGCCACCCUCACCCCAUUCAUUCCACAGAGGCCACCAGCUGAGGUUGGUGUGACCUUUGAGGAUAUUGCUGUGCACUUCUCUAAGAAGGAAUGGUGCCUCCUUGAUGAGGCUCAGAGACACCUGUUCCUGGAAGUGAUGCUGGAGAACUUUGAACUCAUAUCCUCUCUAGGUUGCUGCUGUGAAGCAGAGGAUGUGGAGGCACCUACUAAACAGCAUGUUUCUGUGUCAGUGUCACAGGCAAAGAACCUCAAUGUAGCUUUGUCCUCCAAGAAGAGUCAUCCCUGUGAGAGUUGUGGGCCAGUCCUGAGAGAAAUUUUCCACUUGUUUGAGCAGCAAAGAACACAACACAGCCUGAAACUAUUGAAGUGUGGGGCAUGUGCAAAGCAGUUUUAUUUAAGCGAGAAAGCCAUUAGUUGCAACCAGAUGCUGGCUCAGAAUCAUAGUGUCCGUAAUGGAAUACAGUGUCUGGUGUGCCGUGAAUGUGAUAAAUCUUUUACAAAAAUCUCUGAUCUCCAUUAUCAUCAGAAAUUACACACUGGAGAAAGGCCAUACGAGGGCAGUGAAUGUGGGAUGUGCUAUAAAAAACACUCCUCACUCAUUCAACACCAGCGAGUUCAUUCUAUAGAAAAGUGUCAUGAGUGUUUUGAAUGUGGGAGAUUCUUUAGCCAAAGGGGAGGCCUUGUGCAACACCAGAGAGUUCACAGUGGAAAAAAGCCAUAUAAAUGUGAUGAGUGUGGGAAAUCCUUUAUUCAAGGUUCUAGCCUCGUCCAACACCAGAGAGUUCACAGUGGAGAAAAGCCUUUUCAGUGUGUUGAAUGUGGGAAAUACUUUGCCAGACUCUCUGGUCUUUAUUGUCAUCAGAGACUUCACACUGGAGAAAGGCAUUAUAAGUUCAGUCAGUGUGGGAAAUCUUUUACCACUAGCAGAGGCCUCCUUUAUCAUCAGAGACUUCACACUGGAGAAAGGCCUUAUGAGUGCACUCAUUGUGGGAAAUCUUUUACCACUAGCAGAAGCCUUCGUCACCAUCAAAGAAUUCACACUGGAGAAAGGCCUUAUGAGUGCAGUCAUUGUGGGAAUUCUUUUACCACUAGCGGAAGCCUCCGUGAGCAUCAAAGAAUUCACACUGGAGAAAGGCCUUAUGAGUGCAGUCAGUGUGGGAAAUCUUUUACCACUAGUGGUGGCCUUUGUCGCCAUCAGAGACUUCACACUGGAGAAAAACAUGAAUGCACUCAUUGUGGGAAAUCUUUUACCACUAGCAGAGGCCUCCUUUAUCAUCAGAGACUUCACACUGGAGAAAGACCUUAUGAAUGCAGCGAAUGUGGGAAAUCGUUUACCAUGAACAAACACUUGCAUCGUCAUCAGAGAGUUCACACGAGAAAGGAUUCAGGAUUGCAGUGAAUGAGGGAAAUAUUUUGCCAGCAACAGUCACUUUCAUUGUAAUCAUAGUGUUCGCAGUGUGUGCCCAUACUUUUGAAAGGAAUCACUUUCAAAGAUCUUGCAAGGGGCCAUGUGUCCUAAUGUCUGCAAUUGCAUAGGUGAUGGUCACUUGGGUGUAGGACACUAUGGUUUAGGGGAAAGCAUAAUUGCUACAGAAUCACUAGCCUAAUAGGGAUGGUGCAUAAUUCUUAUAAUGGAGAUAGGUUUCAUUUAUCUUCAUCAAUAACUCAAAAUGCAAUGUCUAAGUCAGCAGAGAGGUGAAUGUUUAACUUAAAGAAAUUAGAAAGAUGUGACGUAAACAAAUUGCACAUUUUUUCAUUCUUCCAGCAGUAUAUGACAGAUUUAAUUCCUCCACAUCCUAGAAAAGAUUUGGUAUUGUCAGUCAUCCCUUAUUUAAACUUUUUUGUGCCUUUAUCCUGCUAUAUCAUUGUUCGAUUGCAUUUUUUCUAAUGGUUUGUGGUGAGCCUUUUUUUCAGAUGUGCAUUUGCUAUCUCUAUAUUUGGUUAAAUGUCUGAGUAUAUGUUCUGCCAAAUCUAUGAGUUUUGGCAAUUUUCUUUAACAAAUGGGCAGUGAAACAACAGAAAUACAGAGUAGAAUUUCAGUUUGCGUUGUUUUUGCUUUGUAGGGUAAGUGUUUUUCAUAUUGGAAAAAAAAAUAAAAUCAACAAUUA